AUGAGUCGGCUUUGGAAAAUCGGCUCAAUUUUUUCUCGUCUAUCAGGUAUGAUUGAAGGUGGACAUUUAAAAUCAACAGAUAUACCCAUUUGGUACUCAGUAUAUAAACGUUUUCCACCGAUACGUGAACCACGUUAUUUAUCAUUAACAGAAGGUGAUCUACCAAAACCGUAUGAACCACCAAAAUUAUUAUAUGAUGAAGAUAUAAUAAGACAUGCUUAUUAUGAAGAUGUUGAAGAUGGAGAAAUAAUUAAAUUAAAAAAUCAUGAUAGAAAAUCUCGAUCACAAGUAUUUAUUGAAGAAUAUUUUAAAUUAAAAUCUAAACAAAAAACUCCUAUGUCACAUUUAAAAUUAUUUCGAUUAACAUUAGAACAUUUACAACAACAUGGACACCCGAUUAUGUUUAAAAUAGGUGCUGAACAAAAAUAUCCAGAAAUCGACUCACAAUCUGAUAAAACACUCGAAUCAAUUGAUAAUAAAAAUCAAAAAAUCCAAUCAAAUGUUAAAAACAUAUCAGAUUCAAUAGUUAAUAUAGAUCAAUUUGAAACUGAAUGGGAACAUAAUAAUAAAGAAGGUUAUUUCCCAUUAGGUAAAAACACCUAUCAAUAUCGUCGUCUUCAACCUCAUCGUACUCAAACAUCAUUUGGUGAAGAAACUUUGAGCGAUUCGGGUGUUGCUUAUCGUCGUACAGAUGGUUAUGUACAUUCAACUGUACGUGGUGAUGAAGUUAAACAAAAAGAAAAUCCCUAUAUGCCAGGUGAAAAUAUUCAACCAUUAGCACCACCAACAUUUAUUCAACAAAAUAUGCUUCGACAUGGAAAAGUACAUAAUGUAUUUACACAUGAACAAUAUGAAAAAGAUCCAUUUUUGCGUUUACAAGAUCGAGUACAAAAUUUAGAAUAUUGGAAAAAACCACCAAUACAUAACAAAGUUUUUAAAAGAAAAUUUAAAGCAAAGAAAUUUCUUGUUGAUAUACCAGGAAUUUAUGAUAAAAAUCUAAUUAUUAUGCCUUGUCAUUUAGAUAUGAAUUCACUUUUAUCUAAUUUUACUUCACCGACUACAAACGUCUUUGAUAGUUGUCCAUCAUCAUCAAAUUUUACUCAAUUUGUACAUGAUGCUCAAUCAUUUCUUCUUCUUCUUUCUCAUAUUGAAGAAAUUAGUUGGUCAUUAAUACGACUUUCUACUUCAUCGGAUGGCUCAAUUCUUAUACUUCAUCAUACAUAUAUUGAUUUAGGAGAUCGUUCACAUGAUUUAUAUAUUGAUAUACCACCACGAUGGCCAAAUGAACGGCCACAUUGUCAUACCAAUCUUCCAGUUGAAUUUAAUAUUGAAAUAUGGUGUCCAAAAACGAGUCGUCUUAUUGAAAUAAUUAAUAAUUUUCAUUCAGUUGUUGAUAGUCUACAAUCAUUUUGGGCUCAAUUAACUGAAUUAGAACGAGAUGCUAUUGUCUUAGAUGAAAAACCUAUUUCAUAUGCAUUAACAACAAGACGUUUAAAAAUUAAUGAUAAUGUACAUGUUCAAAUUCAGAUUGAUCCAUAUAAUCCAUCUGCAUUUCCUUCGAUCACUUUUCAUGGUCCACCAAUGCUUGUUCGAUCAUUUGAUGAACGCCUUGAACAAAAUCGUAAUCAUUGGAAUGAAGCACAUUCAAAUAUAAUAUUAAAUAUGGAACAUAUGCUCGAUAUAACAUUUCCAAGCAAUAUUUUUUUUAAAUCAAAAUCUCAAACUACAGAUGAUCAACAACAAGAAUGUGGAAUAUGUUAUGAAUCAACGAUUGACAUGAAUGGAACAAUUAUUUAUUGUGAAACAGCAAAUUGUUUUAAACAAUAUCAUGAAAAAUGUUGGAAAAGUUGGUUAAGAAAAAAAGUUCCACAAAGAGGUGGCUGUGAUGUUUUGGAUAUUGUGAUUGAUGAACGAAUGAAUACAACAACAGCAAGUGGACCGUGUCUUUUUUGUAAAAAAAAUAUAAUUGUUAAUUAA